AUUCCUCCCUGCACCUCCUCCCACCCAACCCAUCUCUCCUCCUCUUUCUCUUCCCCCAUCGUAAUUAUGGAUUAGACCAAACAAAAAAAACCCAGUACUCCGUCGACUCUUACCUCCCUCACUCAUCCCCAAUUCUCGUCCCGGAGCUCUAAUCCCCACCGCCUCCGAUUCACUCCCCCGCCGCCGGUUUCGGACCGCCUGAUCGCGAAAUUCAUACGAGUUGAAUAUGGAGCAGCAUGUGCAUUAUUUGGAGGCAAGGCAAGUUGUUUGACCGGACUGUGAGUUGAACUAGAAGCUCGUGUCUGGUAUAAGAAUCAAGCUCACAUGGUUUCGCCAGGGGAGGAUGUAACGGAUGAAGUUGCAACUGAUAAAGUACCGAAGAAAAAGAAUGUUGAUACUGAAAGCUGUGUGACACCACAUCAAACACCAACUAAUGGGGUCUGUCCGUUGAAGUCAGAUGAGAAAGGAAGUGCUCCAUCUGAAGUACAUAAUGAAGCAUUGCAGGUGCUUUAUGGGGGUAUUACUGCAUUGGAAUCAAUUCAAGAAGGAAGUGUUUCCUCAUUAACAUCUGAGAAAGCAUUGCUGACACCUGAGACUCGUGCUCUUGUCUUGCAACCUGGUCAUGAAGGAAGCACUUCAGUUAGAGUGCGUGUGAAACCAUUAGAUGAUGGUUAUAACUGGAGGAAAUAUGGCCAGAAACUUGUUAGGGGAAAUAUAUAUGUACGAAGUUACUACAGAUGUACCCAUCCUAAAUGUGACGUGAAGAGGCAAGUUGAACGCGCCCAUAAUGGGCAGAUAACAGAUACCGUUUACUUUGGCCAGCAUGAACAUCCUAAACCUCAACUGAGUGUCCCUAUAGCUGUUGGUUUUGCUGUGUCUGUUGGUGAAGAUAAAGCAGAGCAGCUGUUGUUAACCAGUGGUGAAGAUAAACCGUUGGAGGCGCAUGGCAACACAUCUAACAGCACGGAGCCAGUAGAACCCCUUCAGCAUUCAAAUGCUGCAGAGAAUGAAGCUGUGCAGGGUGUUCUCUCUCUAUCUAAUAGAACAAGAGAUGGUGAUCCAGACCCAAAAAGACAGAAGAAGGAAAAACAUAAUGGAAACUACGUUCUGAUAAAUAAGCCAACUCGUCAACCGCGUGUUGUUGUUCAGACUAUGAGUGAGGUUGAUAUUGUCAAUGAUGGGUACAGAUGGCGCAAAUAUGGGCAAAAAUUAGUAAAAGGAAAUCCAAAUCCCAGGAGUUACUACAGAUGCUCACAUCCUGGAUGUCCUGUUAAGAAACAUGUCGAGAGGGCAUUUAAUGAUUCAAAAGUGGUCAUGGCCACAUAUGAGGGGCAACAUGACCAUGAUGUGCCCCCCUCAAGGAUUGUCACACCUAAUACUGCAGCAUCAAAUGUGUUGCCAGCAGCCCAGAUUAAUGACCCUGGAACCAAAGUAGAAGAGUAUGCUGCCAGACAUGUUACUGGGACAUGUGCUUGCCCACAAUGUGAAGUUAAACCAAUCGAGCAACCUGGUCUCGAGCCAAGAACUAAAUCACCAAGGAUAGAUGCUGCUGCCUCUAGUACGGUUGCUGAUUCUGAUUUGGGUACUGAAAGAAAAUCAAAUGAACAAUUGAUUGGUAAAGAGUGUGUCCGAGAAGAAGGUGACCCCCCUGAUACUAUUGGUUGCAGAGCAAAUAAACUGCAGAAUGGCGAGGCAGGGAGUAUUCCAUCAGAGCAAGAAAAGCAAAAGCCAAAAGCGCAACCUGUUCAAGGUUAACUUGCCAUGCUCCGUUGAGAUUCAUCUGGACUCUAAAUAAUGUAUUUAUGUACCGGAACACAUUCUGCCAUAGUUGUUUAUCUUAUUCUUCUUCCUAUAUUUUCCUUUUGGGAGAGGAACACCUUUAGGCAGGUACUAUUGGCUGGAGGGUAGGACUGUAGGAGUUGAUGAAAUGAAACUGAUGUAUGUCAGUGUCACAAGUGUGUAAAUUGUCUAGAUUAAAUAAACUCAAUAUGUAGGUCAUUAGACUGGUGACGCGGGAGCACCCAAGUAUGAGGGCUACGGUUAGUGUAGUAGUAUCCUGUAAACUUAGCAAUUGGAUCGAAAUUCUGUAGCUUCAAGGAUUUGUGAAGAUGAAUGUAUGCUGAAGACUUGCAGAAUAUGCCGAUUAGUUGAGAUUGUUAUUAGUUGAAUGGAUUUAACUUCCAAUGGUAUAAUUUGAAUCAGUUUGGUUUCUAGA